UGUUUCCCUCCAGCAGUUUCUUUGUCUUCUUCUGCCAGCAGAUAACAAAGAUUUUUACAUACAUUCAACUCGACACAAGCAACAAAGGAAGUUUCUCAAGAGUCCCAACACAAUUUAAUACACUCUUGCACGCAUUCUCUCUCCCCUCUCUGAGGAGAAAAAGUGGCAUGAUGAAUCUUCUUGGCCUUCUGCUUCCCAUGUGGGUAUCGAGCGCCAUUUUGUCUACAAUCAUCAUUGAUGCCAGAUCAGAGCCUGCUAAAUCUGCAAUUUCGGAGCCUGCUUCUGUUGCUCAGAGAGAGCCCACUUCUCAAUUUUCUCUAAAAAUGGAAGCUGAAUCUCCAGGAGUACCAAAGGUUAGAGUAAUGCACCACCAAGAUUUGAACAAGAGAAUUCUUAUAGCGAUCAUUGUUGCUUCCAUUCUCCUUGGUGGGAUUUUGCUGUUUUCAAUAUGUUGUUGGAUCUAUAGAUGGAAAAACUCGAAGAACUCCAAUGAAAAAGGUCGAAAAACCUUAGAGGCUGGAAAACGGAUGUCGCAAAGUCCAAUGAUGGUUAGAUUUAAUUCCUUGACGAUGGUUGAUAAGAAAAGUGCGGUAGCUAUAUUUGAUUAUCAAUCAUUAGAAGCUGCGACAAACAAUUUCCAUGAAAGUAAUGUUAUAGGUGAGGGUAGUUCUGGACGUAUCUACAAAGCUCGUUUUGAUGAAAAAUUCCUUGCAGCAGUGAAGAGAAUUGAUGGUUUCAGGCUAGGGGUGGAAAGAGAAUUUGAAAAUGAGGUAAAUUGCUUGAGCAAAAUUCGGCAUCAGAAUAUUAUUGAACUACUUGGUUACUGCAUCAAUGGAGAAUCAAGGUUUCUUGUUUAUGAAAUGGUGGAGAAAGCUUCUUUGGAAACUCAACUGCAUGGAUCUACUCGGGGAUCAGGUUUAACAUGGAAUUUGCGAAUGAAAAUAGCUGUUGAUGUUGCUAGGGGACUAGAAUAUCUUCAUGAGCAUUCCAAUCCUCCCGUGGUUCAUAGAGACAUAAAAUCCUCUAACAUUCUUCUGGAUUCUAAUUACAAUGCUAAGCUGUCAGAUUUUCUCCUUGCCGUAACUUCUGACACUGAAAGCAAGAACAUAAGGCUUUCAGAAACAUCAGGUUAUUUGGCCCCGGAGUAUCUUGCAGAUGGUAAACUAACAGAUAAAAGUGAUGUCUAUGCUUUUGGAGUUGUCCUUCUUGAACUUCUUAUGGGAAGAAAGCCAUUGGAAAAUGAUGCUCUGCCUCAAUGCCAAUCUAUUGUUUCAUGGGCUAUUCCCCAGCUUACUGACAGAUCAAAGCUUCCAAACAUUGUUGAUCCUGUAAUAAAAAACACCAUGGACCUAAAGCACUUAUAUCAGGUUGCUGCUGUGGCUGUACUAUGUGUACAACCAGAACCAUGUUACAGGCCGUUGAUAACGGAUGUCCUGCACUCACUCAUCCCUCUUGUCCCUUGUGAGCUUGGAGGGUCACUCAGAGUUACAGAACCUGCGAAGCCAGUCCGCCCAGAAUCCUCUAGCUGACUGGAGAACCUAGCUUGUGACUAUUACACAUUGUCAUGCUCCAGAUCAACACAUUCUAGGCAAUCGCUCAAAAUGCCCCAUUCGUUUUCUCGUGUUCAUGAGCAUUCUUUGCAGAUUACCAUUUCCGGGAGAUUUGGACUGCAGUAAAAUUAUGGUACUAAGAGUUUUUUUUUUUUCCCUUAAUUAAAGAUGUAAAUUGUUGUAAAUUUGAUGUAAUUUUUCCAUUAGAAUCUGGGAACCAAUUUCAAACCAGGAAGAGAACCAAAGAGAGGCACCGCCCUAUGCUUAUAUUUGUUGUAGUAUGGUUUGUAAUAUUGAUUAUAUUAUAUAUUAAAAUUUGAAAAUAUUGAUAUAUAUUUUUUAA